AUGAUUGGUAUUUUAUCUUCUAGGUCAAAUAUGCAAAAAUAUUUUCUUGUCCAUUCGAAUGAUUACAAAUUAGAUACUAAUACACAAAUAGAAGCACACACUCAUUAUCUUUUCUUUUCGAUUCGUUCGCACUUUAUUGGGUUGUUUGUUUUUUCCGGUGGGUUUAUUCAAAAUUCAAUAGUUUUAGAGUUAGUUACUCAAAAAAUUUUUCUGAAGUAAUACAAGUUUAGUGUGGAAUAUUAUUACUACCAUUAGCCGAAAGGCAUAAAAUUAAUUCGUUAAGUUGACAACAAUCAACAAUCAAUAAACUACAACAUCAUUGGAGAACAAUAACAUAGAAACAAUGACAAAUAUUAGUGAAACUAGAAGUUGGAGUGUGUACGUGGGGGGUGGUGAAAUUUAUUUAUCAUUUUAAUGAAUCAAAGGUGUCAUAAAUAAAGAAAAAAGAUUCGUUUUAAAAUAAAUCAAUGAGUUUGUUACGUUUUAUUUUUACAAGUAUUUAGAAUUCGAUUUGUAAAUGUAAACUGUUUAUUAUAAUUACAAUUCACAGUUUAAAGUUA